AAUGUUAACAGUACUCUGCUCUCUCCCUCAGAUCGAGAAGAGGCUGGAGCCUCUGGAGGAGUCCAAGGAGAGCACCCUGAGCCUCGAAUUUUCUCUGCGGCCGCAAACUGGCUGCACAAUCUUCCUGGGGUAUACCUCCAACCUCAUCAGUUCCGGCGUUAGAGAGUCCAUUCGCUACCUGGCUGAGCACGGCAUGGUGGAUGUGAUAGUGACCACAGCAGGCGGCGUGGAGGAGGACCUGAUCAAGUGUCUUGCUCCGACCUUCCUGGGGGAGUUCAGCCUGCCGGGCAGAGAGCUGAGGGAGAGGGGCAUCAACCGGAUCGGGAACCUGCUGGUGCCCAACGAGAACUACUGUCGCUUUGAGGACUGGCUGAUGCCCAUUCUGGACCAGAUGGUGCUGGAGCAGAAGACCGAGGGCACACACUGGACCCCCUCCAAGAUGAUACAUCGACUUGGCAAGGAGAUCAACAACCCUGACUCUGUUUAUUACUGGGCCUACAAGAAUAAUAUUCCGGUGUUUAGCCCGGCCCUCACAGACGGCUCCCUGGGGGACAUGAUCUACUUCCACUCCUACAAGAAUCCGGGGCUGGUGCUGGACAUCGUGGAGGAUAUCCGGAGGCUGAACAGUCUGGCAGUGUUUGCCAAACGCACAGGGAUGAUCAUCCUGGGAGGAGGACUGGUCAAGCACCACAUCGCCAAUGCCAACCUCAUGAGGAACGGUGCCGAUUUCUCAGUGUUUGUGAACACCGGUCAGGAGUUCGAUGGCUCGGACUCGGGCGCCCGGCCAGAUGAGGCCGUGUCCUGGGGCAAAAUCCGUCUGGACGCCAAGCCGGUUAAGGUCUAUGCUGAUGCAACUCUAGUGUUCCCCCUGCUAGUGGCUGAGACCUUUGCACGCCAUGCAGACAGGCUGACUGCCCCGAGGAAGGAGGACUGAAGCCAGCCUUUCACUCCCCCUCCCCCUCAGCCUCAUCCUUCCCAAGAGAGGUUCCCGCCUGGCUGAUGACCAGCUCUUCAUCACCUGUCAGUCUUUUAUUUUGUAACAGUGUUUUAAAGAUGAUGGGUUUUACUGGUGUUAUAUUGGCGUCUUGCAUAGUAGGUGUAUAUAUGGACUUGGGUCAAAGCACUGCUCUGUUUUUAGACUUUCUGUAUAUCUGACUAUGCAGUAUGUAUCAGGGCAAGAGACAACAGUGCUGGGUUUACUGAACCUUCACUGCUAUCAGUGUUCUAAAGUGACUUUAUAGGAAAAAAAAAAUAGCAGAAGGGCUCAAAAUUGAUGUAGUUGCAUUUUUCCCUUUAUGCAUGUUGAAUCUGGCAAGUGCAGUCUGUCUCCCUCUGGUGGCCACUGUGCCACCCUGCAGCUGCCUCUUCUCAAGCUGCAUGGUCUUGCUUUCCAGUUCUCAGUGAGUGAGCAGCUGUGCUAUCUGCUUUAGCAAAGAACAAGGUGCUUCACGGUAGGGAGAUCCUUCAGUAUAUACCUGUUCAGAAAAUUAAAUGUAUAUUUAAAUGUAAUAUUUUUAUUCCAAAUCUUCAGAUACAUUUUCCAAUCUGAAUACAAUUCAAGGAAAAUUAAAAAAGUACAAGUGUUUUUGGUCAUU